AUGUCUGUCUUCACUAUCGUCCAUCGGGCCCUCCCUCCACUAUCUCUCUGGAAGCGCCGAAACAGUACAACCAAAGGCAAAUCCCCCAGUACUGAGUUCCAGAUCAGCGAAAAGAACAACCUUCCAGAACCCACCGACCAAGCCUUCAUGCACCAUGACGUCCAUACCGUGCAGGUAGCGGUGAGGGGCAACGCAAAGAUACACAGACAGCCAACCCAGCCCUCUGUCCCGGAAAGCCACCCGGAACCCGAGUGCCGUGCCUCAUCCAGCGAGACACUUCCCACGCGGGCACAACUCGCCCGAGCUGUCAGUUGGGCCAGCAUAGUCCGCAGUCAGGAUCGGUGGACAGCGGAACAAGAGAAAGAACUCGUCCAUGCACAGAGACAAUUGGAGAAAUGCCAAAAGGCCUGGAGCUCUGAACAAGAAGUCUGGCUGGUUUAUGUACGUAUGAGAUCCUUUUACUUGAUCUACAAUGCUCAUCGACUACAGGUUCAAGCCUUGAGUGAGGAGAAAGAAGCACAUACGGGCUUCAUCUCGGCUCGCCACCGACAACAAGGCGACGAGCAGCAUCAGUUCCGUAAGGCGUGGAAAAGACGUCGAUCAUCGGGCGAUGAAGAACACCAGUCUGACACUGAGACGGCGAAUCGAUUGGGGAAAUUGCGUCGCUUGCAGCGCUAUUCAUAUUCAGGGCAGCAGUUGGGCGCUACGACGCCGUUAUCGGUUAAAUGA